UGCAGUAGCAUGAAAGGAAAUUCUUCCUAAUGGACAACUAUUGAGCACGUCAGGACUCCCAAGAAAGAUUUCGAAAGAAGCUUGAGCCACAUUGGACUGGAAUCAUGUUAAACAAGCCAGUGCUGGUGGAAUCCCUGAUUGUGUUCGUCAUCGUUCUCUUUGUGCACGCGGUGGUGUGGGACCGGUACUCCUGGUGCGCUGUCGCUCUCGCUGUCCAGGCUUUUUAUGUCCAAUUCAAAUGGGACCGUCUGCUCCAGCUGGGUGGGGCUGUAUUCCAGUUCCGUGCAGCAGCAAACAGUGGCCUCCUGCCAGCCAGCAUGGUUAUCCCCUUGUUGGGGAUAGUGAUGAAGGAGAGGUGCAAGUCUGCUGGCAUCGUGUACUUUGAACGCUUUGGCAUAGUCGUCGCUUCCACUGGCAUGCUGGUUGCUCUCUUUCUGUCUGUAAUAGCGGUGGGCAUCACAAAACCUGUGCCCACCAACACGUGCAUACUUACUGGUGUUGCUGGCAGCGUAAUUAUCUAUACCAUGAAGCACUCUCUGGCUGUUUCAGAAGUGAUAGAGGUCCUAGAAGUGCUGCUAAUUUUUGUCUACCUCAGUAUGAUCUUGCUGUACCUGUUGCCUCGAUGUUUUACUCCUGGAGAGGCAUUGCUCGUUCUCGAAGGUAUAAGUUUUGUUCUCAAUCAGCUCAUUAAACGCUCACUGAAUGUAAUCGAGGGCAGGGGUGAUCCCAUAGACUUUUUCCUUCUGGUGGCAGUUGUUGGAGUUAUUCUUCUUGGGCUUUUUUUCACUGUGCUCUUCAUUUUCAUGGAUUCGGGUACGUGGAUCUCCUCCAUGUUUUUCCACAUGAUGACAGCAGUGCUAGGCUUAGGGGUCAUCAUGCCUUGGCUGUACCGACUGAUCCAGAGGAACCCUUUGUUCUGGCUGCUCCAGUUUCUGUUUCAGACACAGACAAGAAUUUACCUUCUUGCAUAUUGGACCUUUUUGGCUGCUUCAGCAUGUGGUGUAGUUUUCUACCAGAACGCUAAGAGAUCAUCUGAAUCUAAAAAACACCAAGCCUCAACUAUAACCAGGAAAUAUUUCCAUUUCAUUGUUGUAGCUACUUACGUUCCUGGACUAAUUUAUGACCGGCAGCUUCUCUACGUUGCUGCAGUACUGUGUCUGGCAGUGUUUAUCUUCUUGGAGUAUAUUCGGUACUUCAGGAUCAAACCGUUUGGCCAAACCCUUAGGCAUUUGCUGUCUCUCUUCUUGGAUGAAAGAGACAGUGGACCUCUAAUCUUGACUCAUAUCUAUCUCCUCCUUGGCAUGUCCCUCCCAGUGUGGUUGUUCCCCAGGUCUUGUGCUCCUAAAGGUACCUUGUCUGGGGCAGGAGCACUGGUCCCCUACUCUGGGGUACUGGCAGUAGGGGUAGGAGACACCAUUGCCUCUGUUUUUGGCAGUACAAUGGGGGAAAUCAAAUGGCCGGGAACAAAGAAGACCUUUGAAGGGACAAUGACAGCUGUUUUUGCUCAGAUCAUUGCUGUAGCUCUUAUUCUGAUCUUUGACAGCAGUGUGAACCUGAACUCCAACUAUGCCUGGAUUCUGGCAUCUGUGACUUUAGUUUCUCUUUUGGAAGCUUAUACUACCCAAAUCGAUAACCUGCUGUUGCCUCUCUACCUCCAGAUAAUGUUUAUGGCAUAAAAGCAUUUCCAGGAACUGAGGUUUCUCCCCUUCUAGAGAAAAGUGGUAAUAGAAUAUGCACUGUAAUGAGACCUCAAAGAUGAUCCAAACACUGCUUUUGGUACAGCAGAUAAAAUUGUUAAAAACAGAAAUGAAAAAGACCUAUUUAAAAUAAAGGUUUUGGUUUGGUCU